AAAAAAAUCAAAUCUCUCUCCUCUCGAAGUCCCUCUCUCGGAAUUUUCGAUUUUUCUCUCUCAACACCAACGUCGACUCUCCUUCUAGUUCUCUCCUCUAACCAGAAUACUCAUGGCUUCACCCGGAAUACUCAUGAAUCGUCCUCAUCGAUUAGAUCCCCAUUGACAAGUGAUGGUAUGUUUGUAGUCAAACGUCCCGAGAAAAUUGUCAAAGAAGUUGAAUCCAUUGUUGUCUCACAACACUUCUCCAGCAUCGACCAUGAAGAGGAGGUUCCAACUCACAAACAUCAGUCACACCACGUAUGCGCGUUCAUGCUUAGUACUCGGCUAGUAGGAGCGAGAUUUGAUCAAUCUGACAAGAGCUGUCAACAUGGUGAGCAAGCAACUGACUCUUUUAUGUGAAGCUAAUGGUGUCACAGUUCCACCUAUACCAGAAUCUGAGAAAUCACAUUAUACAUCACCAACUGAAUUGGCAGCUACGUCCGACUCGCCUCCAUCCACUCCCCAUCACCAACAAGAAGAGAAGCUAAAUACGGCAAUCAACAAAUAGACAAACGAGUAUUAUGUCUUCUUGCCGCAGCUUGAAUUUUUUUUAUGGUUUUAGUUUUCACUUAUUAGUUUAGCUUCUUGUUUGUGUGCUAGAAGUUAAAUCGACAUUUUUGUUAUGUAUGAUAUUUUCAGAUUUCUUAUAGUUUUAAAAUCGUUUAUAU